UUUCCGCUUAAAGUCAAAUUUGCAGGAGCGAGAAAACGAUAUUUCAUAUUGUUUUUCACCUAAUCAGAAAAUUCUAGUCCAAUUAGUUUUCCUAUAAGAGCUCAGUCCGAUUCGGGAAACGUCAAUAUCAAGUUCAAAGUGAAAGCACCUAAGAAGUGAGACUUACCAGAAGAGUGCGGAGAUCAGUAUCAUAUCCACGGAUUAAAGCAAAUAAACAGUGAAAAUGCCACGACGAGGUCGAUCAGCAAGUCCACCACCGGCUCAACGCAGGCCUGUUCCAUCCAGCGUUCCUGCACGUGUAGCCCCGGCUCCACCACCAGCUCCCGUUGCUGCUGCUCCUGUUGCUGCAGCCCCCCAACAGCCAUCUCUCUUCAAGCAGAUGGCAGCGACGGCAGGAGGCGUUGCAGUUGGCUCGGCAGUGGGUCACACACUCGGACAUGCAAUGACGGGCAUGUUAGGCGGCGGCGGCUCCAGCAAUGAAACCGCGCCAGCUCAAGCUGCUCCACAGCCGGUAGCAAAUGGAGUGCAACCCAACGAACCCACCGGACCCUGUGCUUGGGAAAUCAAACAGUUCCUCCAAUGCGCCCAAGGCCAGUCCGACCUAACGCUGUGCGAGGGCUUCAACGAGGCGCUCAGGCAGUGCAAGCAGCAAAACAGUAUGCAUUAAGUUCCAAAUAGAUUGCACUGAUAUCGUUAGGCGUUGUUUAAACAAAUUACACUUCGGAUUGACGGUUGCAUUCCGUGUAACUCGGAUUUUUCGAUUUGUGCUGGGGUAGAGGGUCGGGAAUGCUUUUUCGUCCUCCAAAUCUGAAUGUAUUUUUCUAGCCAGUGCGGCGCAGGAGUUGUAUAGUUUUUUGCUAAUGAUUUAGAAGUUAAUUUACUUUUAUUUCUCGUUUUAUGUUCCCCCAUAGUUUCCUUAGUUUUAAAACGUACCCAUAUUGCCAAUCUUUCAGAUUUAACGUAAUAUUACUAACUGCUAGCGUGAAGUAGUGCGACUAGACCACCUAGAGAACGCUGUAAACAAAAUACGUGAUUGUUCAUUUGUUAGAUUUGUCUUGGCGGUGGAGCCAAAUAUAAAUUCAGACUACAACCGAAGAAA